AUGUCUGACCGUACCACCGUCCACGUCUCGAACAUCGACCCCUCCACCUCGGAGAAGGAGGUCCAGGACUUCUUCAGCUUCUGCGGCAAGAUUGUCAACAUCUCCGUCACUCCCACUUCCGGCGAGCCAGGCUCUCUCAAGUCGGCAACCGUGACAUUCGAGAAGGAUGCUGCCUCCAAGACCGCCCUUCUCCUCGACCAGACCCAGCUCGGCCCUUCUGUCGUGACCGUCAAGGCCGCUCAGACCCUGGACGAAAUUGCCGGAGAGCACAGCGCUACCGCGGGUGAAGCCAAGGAUGAGAACAACAACGACCUCGAGCAGGAAGACAAGCCCCGCUCCCGCAUUCUCGCAGAAUACCUUGCCCACGGCUACACCAUCAGCGACCACGCUAUCCAGAAGGCCAUUUCCAUCGACCAGAAGCAUGGCUUCACUUCUCGCUUCACCAGCGUCCUGAACAACUUCGACAAGAAGACCGGUGCUACUGACCGCGCCAAGGGCCUCGACGAGAGCUACAAGAUCAGCGACAAGGCUGCCAGCAGCUGGCGAGGCCUGCACAGCUACUUCGAGAAGGCUGUCAACACUCCCACUGGCCAGAAGCUGCGUGCGUUUUACUCUCAAACCGACAAGCAGGUUCGCGAUAUCCACGCUGAGGCGAGGAGACUUGCGGAUCUCAAGGCAGGCAAGACCGAGGAGAAGAAGGCUGAGGGCGAGAGCGCUCCUACCACUGAAACUGCUCCUGCUCCCAUUCCUGGCGUUGAGCCUGCUCCUGCCACGACCGAGAAGGCGUAA